UUUCACGUGACUCGACGCUCCAACUUCAGACGGUAGGCCGGUGUGCAGCGACAGGCUCUUGUUGCCUUCGAAGACGACCGAAGGCGGAAGCACAGCAUGGCAGCAUACUCAAGUAGAUCCGAGUACCGUGCAUCGUUGGUUCAAUGCGGAGAUCAAAAUGACAUACCUACUCUCCAGAAGAUGACAUACUCCUUGCAGAACUUGACAUACAGCUUUCUUCCCGCUUACCAACGCCGAAGAUAAGACAUCCGAAUACAUAACACCCACCACAAACACUCUAUUCCCCGUCCUCACCUUCCACCCAAGCAACCAUAUUUUAAACAUGGCUGACGACCUCGUCCUCUUUGACCUGCCCGGCCAACAAGGCUCGUGCUGGUCGCCCAACACAUGGAAAGUGCGGGCAUAUCUGAACUACAAGAAAAUCCCGUACAGGACCGAAUGGAUCGAAUAUCCCGACAUUGAGCCCAAGUGCAAAGAACUUGGCAUUCCGGCCAACCCGCCAGACGACUUCGCCCCAUACACGGUGCCCUUCGUGAAAUUCCCCGACGGCUCCUACCUCAUGGACUCCCUCACCAUCGUGAAGCGCCUGGAAGCCGAGCAUCCCGAGCCCGCCCUGCCGCUGGAAACAGAACUGGCCCAGGCCGUCUCAGCGGCGAACUCCAAGGUCGUAGCGCCGCUGUGGGCCAUCUUGCUAGCCGGGAUCAGGCGCGGCGUCGUGUCUCCCGGCUCAGACGAGUGGUUCAAGAAGGACCGCGAGAGGAGGAUGGGGCAGCCGGAGGAGGUGUUUGCGAGCGAGCAGGCUAAGGCGCAGGCGUUCAAGGCUGCCGAGCCCCGUCAGGCCGAGGUGGCGGCUUUCUUGAAGCAGUGUAAGAAGGACGAUGGCCCGUUCUUGCGCGGGAGCCAGGUGUCGUACGCGGAUUUCGGCGUGGCGGGCUGGGUGGAAAUGCUGAGCUUGAUCGGCGGCGACUUGUAUCAGAAGUGCAUUGUUGAGAUCCCCGGCAUGCUGGAGGUGAGGCAGGCUUGUCAGCCGUGGUUUGAGAGGAAGGGGGAGUAAUGGCCAUGCGGCCUUUCUC